CAGAACACACAACCUCAUCAAGGACAGCACACAUCCACAACACUCAUUAUUCACACUCCUACCGUCAGGCAGACGCUACAGGAGUUUGAAGUCCAGGACCACAAGGCUGGCAAACAGCUUUUACCCACAGGCCAUCAGGCUUCUCAACGAAGCACUCACACACGCCUCACGCAACACACGCACACACUCAUAGCACUUUAUUUAUUUAUUUAUUUGUAUAUUUAUUUGUAUUAAUGUCUCUUCUGUUGUUGUUGCUUAAUUUAUUGGUAUUUAUGUUUAUGUUUCUUAUGUUCUUAUUCUUUCUUGUGUUUUCUUUCUUUUCUUGGGAGAAUGAACAGAAUAAGAUUUUCAUUGCAUAGUAGAACUGCUGUUUUACUAUGCACAUGACAAUAAAACCCUCUUGAAUCUCUUGAAUAUGCACAGUAAAACAGGCAGUUCUGCUGUGCAAUAAAAUUCUUGUUCUGUUCAUUCUCCCAACAACAAGGAACAACCCUCUGAAUACAGUUUUUAACAUUAUUAGAGCCCUCUAAACAUAAAACAACACCCUUGUACCGUAUUUUCACGACCAUAAAGCACACCGUAUUAAAAGGCGCAGUCUCAGUUAAAGGUGCUAUUUUUGUAGUUAACACAUACACAAGGCGCACCAUAAUAUUGGGCGCAAGUAUGCACGCUACAUAUGCACGCUAAAACAAAUAGUGACGCUCAGAAGUCAGUGAGGAACCGACAAGGCUUUAUUUCUUUAGAUAAAUUCAGAGCAGAACUCUCAUUCAGUUUAUCAGAGCCACUUGAAAUCAGGAUGGUCAUCACUCAGCACAACAGUCUCAGUCAUGGUGCACAGCUAAAAACAUCACACAGCAACGCAAAAACAGAGAAGACACUACUGCUACUUUUACAGAACAAUAACUAACAACUAUGUAGUUCAGACAUGUAACUUAAAGAGCAUUUGCACCAAAACACUACCGCAAAGCACACUGGGGUACAGGAAGUGAUCCCAGCUACGCUACGCUACAAUACGCUAGCAUGCAUGCUAUUGUAUGUUUUUAAAAAGCCAGCGAGAGCAAAACUGAGUUGGGUUGUACUUUAUUGAAGUAUUUAACAAUGUACUCAUGUUAUUUUUGAUAAAUCCUAAUCCACAAAUCCAUCAAAGUCCUCAUCUUUUAUAUCCCAAAUGAACAGCGGGGCAAGUUCUCCAUCAAACACGCCAGGUUCCCUGUCGUCAUUGUCAGUCAGUCUCGUUGCUGUGCGGCGCCUCAGAAAUGAUGCUGGCUUUUGUGAAAGCUCGAACUGUGCAUCAGACACGUUAUCCCAAGCAUCCACAAUCCAUUAGUGAAGCUGUGUUCGCUAGCUGUCAUCUAUCGCUCCCACGCCGCUCGCAACUUCACUUUAAACGCCGUGUUUACAUCCAUUCACAAAUUGUGGCGAAACUCGCACGGCGCUAUCUCCCAGUGUUAGUGAAACUGUGUUUGCUAGCUGUCAUCUAUCGCUCCCACGCCGCUCGCGACUUCAAUUUAAACGCCGUGUUUACACCGAUGUCCAGUGGUUGGAGUUCCCUCGUCAAGCCUCCCGGAAUGAUGUUAAGCUCCAAGUUCAUUUGCUUCAUUUGUGGUGACGCAUGUGAAAAAAAACAUCCAAUCUCUUUCCGUACACGUCACUCAGCCAUUUUCUCAUCGUCCUUCCAGCCCCUUUGGUCUGGCUGGAAACUGGAAACCGGCGUCAGCGUCUACCACAGGUAGCACUUUCUGUCCAUUACCAUGGCAACCAAGCACAACAGUAAAAGACGACUUCUCGUGUCCCGCUGCGUGUAUCGCUGUAUUGCUUCUCUACAGUGUGGUUCACCAGGAUGUGGAAAGUGAGAGGCACGUCGUCCAUGUUGGUGAUGUACUGUAGUAGUAGUUGUCUGCAAUGUUAGAUGGAUAGAUGGCGCCAUUUCAUAAAUAUACUUAUCUAACUACUGGGGCAUGCCUUUAGCAUCCUCAGUCACGUCCACGUCCCUUUCCACUUUACAAGCAGCGUGUUGGCAGGAGACGCUCACAGUCGAGCGGAGCGCUCAUAAAAGUCACACAGCAACACUUACAUAUUUUGGAACUCGGUACACACAUACGGCGCACCGCAUUAUAAGGCGCCCCACCCAUUUUGGACAAAAUUUAAGACUUUUAAGUGCACCUUAUGGUUGUGAAAACACGGUAGUCACAUUACACUUUAUUACCCAGUAUAGUAGACAUAAUAAGAGAAAAUAAGACAUUUAAGGCAUAAAUAAGACCCAUACCCAUAAGAAUGCAUAGCCAAUAUGCAUUCUCUACACUGUACUCUUUACUUGCGUAUCUUGCUUGCUGCUGUAACAAGUGAAUUUCCCCGCUGUGGGAUAAAUAAAGUACAAAUACAAAUACAAAUACAGUAGCAUUACUGACGCCUAGUGACCAGUGUAGAAUACUACAUAUCAUCACAAUGUUUUUUAAAUUUUUUUAUAAAUAAUAGGCCAUUUUCCACCAUGAAACUGCAUGUAAUUUUAUGUAAUGCUGUAUACCUACUAUACUUAGUUGUAAUCUUUAUUUCCCUAUUUUAUGCAACUGCGCUACUGCAACUACUGGAUGAAUAAAGUAUGUUUAUGUAUUGGACAUGUCCAUGCAUCGGAUGUUUGGACAACAGCAUCUUUAAAUGUCCCCCAGCAUGAACACAGACUGCAAUGCUUGAUGACGAAUGACACACGCUCACUUUCACUCAUUCGGGUCCCCAACCAACCACGAAAUCAUUCAUCUGGACCUUUGAUGAAGGCACUCCAAGGCAUGCAGACACCCGACGAUGCUGAUAUCCCAAGCUUGUUACACUAUUUGUUCCCCCACCACACAUAAAAGCCGCCAGGUCAGGUGUGCUCUAACGGACCUCUUUUUAUUUUCCAAAUACAGUCAAACCUGUCUUAGCGGCCACCUGUAUAGAACGGCCACCUGCCUAUAGCAGCCACUGAAAAAUCCCCCGCAGCAAAUGUACAUGUUAUAGACCCUGUGUAUAGCAGUCACCUGUCCAACGCGGCCAGCGGCCACCCAUUUUGUCUCCCUUGGUCAAUAUCUGACCGCAUAUAGCGGCCAAAUUACCAACUCAAGUAGAAGCUUCAUGCAUGAAAAAGUUUUGUUUUUCAAUCAAUGAAGCCGUUGUGUGUAGACUUUAAUUACUGAGUCCUAGCUCAGUCACAAUCAUUCACAAGAUCCACACAAACUGUCAGUUGUUCCACAUAAAAAAGCCGUCUUCUUUUGAGCUUGCUAUUUCCUGGUCAAACAUGUAACUUUAAGAGCAUUUGCACCAAAACAUUACCGCAAAUUAGGCUGGCAACAGGACGUGCUCCCAGCGACGCUACAAUAAAAAAAAAAACAUACGCUAGCAUGCAUGCGGCAGCGGGAGCAAAACUGAGUUGGGUUGUACUUAAUUGAAGUAUUUUAGAAUGUACUCACGUUAUUUUUCAUCAACCUCAUUCACAAAUCCAUCAAAGUCCUCAUCUUCUGUAUUCGACAUAAAAAAGCCGUCUUCUUUUCCGUUCGCUACUAGUCUGUUAACUUGUCAGUGUUAUUCAGCUCCGAAGCAAAGAAGGAAACUUCUCCUGUUGCUUCUGCCAACUUUAUUUAUUGAACGCGGCCACCAGACAGCAGCUCAGAACACACACACAUCUCUCAGCAUCGUCUCUCCUUCCUGCUUGCCCACAAGGCAAAGGUUAAACAAGCCCCACUACAUAGCUGUCCAGCCAAUGCCUGUAAGAAAUGACACCGUUUAUUUCCUGGUGUGCACUGGUCAAUACUGUAAUGCCGCUUGUUGUGGGGAAGGAGAGACUCACGUCGCCGAUGCACUUUAAUGGCUUUAUUAACAGCGGAGAACACUGCAGGACUUUACAUCCACGCCAACAUAAACACACUUCCCAACUCUCUCCAAACUCAAAGCUAGCACUGAGCCUAGCUCUCCUGCUCGGGACGCCCACCGUCACUUCCCGUCACUUCCUGAUGAACUAAAGCUGUAAUGACACUCUGCCGUAUAAAAAGUAAAAUAUUAAAAACAAGCGUAAGACAUUACUAGCACAGCUUUGUUCUGUGGGUCGUGGAUAUAUUCUAUCAGUUAUUAUUAAGCCUCUAGCUUCCUUUUAGUAAGUAAAAACCUUGGCUAUGAUUGCACUACAUUGUCAUGUAGACCUACAAAGUACACUUGGAAGAACAAGAGGUGAAUAAAGGUAUUGCAACUGAUGUGAAACUGAUGAGGGGUAGGAUUAAAUAAGCUUUGCUUCUUCCUACUCCUUUUUGGACAUGCAAAAUUGUGAAUUGUACUAUGUGAUGUGCUACUGUUUGACUCAUAUGCAUGUUCAGGAUUAAAACCAUGAACCAUGAUAAUAACAAGCCUAGUAGUGCUGUACAACUUUUAUCCGCAGUCCGCAGUGCCCUCUACUGGUCAACAUUAUUAUUAAUUUUUUUCCCCCCUUUUGUUCUUUUUUUUCCUCUACUGGUCAACAUUCAAACUGGACGCCAACCUGUCUAUAGAGGCCACCUGUCUAUAGCGGCCACUUUUGCAGACUCCCUCUAGUGGCCGCUAUAGACAAGUUUGACUGUAUUUCAACUUUCUUCAUAUAUAAUCUUCAUAAAUUUAAAAUGAUGACUUUACUCACAGAAUAUUAGGAUUUUAAUUCCAUUUUAUUUUGACUUUAUUCCCAUAAUAUUAUAACUUUAUUAUAUAAAUAAUAUAAAACCCCUCUCUAGUAACCUCGUUGAAUACAGGAGUAGAUGUGCUCUCUUAAAGAAAACUGCAAUAAUCUUAACAGGGUUCUGCCUGUUGCCGAGCGCAUCACAGGGCCGCCCUAGUCACGGGCUCGCGCAUCAGCUGGCAAAACAGCUGUUUGCCUUAACAAUUAUUGUGACAUUAUUCUUGUAAUAUUUGGCCUUUAUUCUUGUGGAAGGAUUGAAGAUUUUUCCUUUUAUUAAAAAAAAAAGUGUUGUUCAAUGAUGUUUUUCAAAUUUAAAAAAAGCGGCAAAUGUCUCACAGGGGCGCACCUUGGACGGCCUUGACGUAAAGGAUACGUGAGUGCAGCAUGUCCGAACGUCCCACAGCCCGUGAAGGCAGCACGUAGAAGCUGUUAUGAUGACACGUGUCAGACAUGUUGAUGAUGGAUGGAAAGCGUGUGGUGGUGGUCACACGGGUCGGGCGGGUUUACCAGCUGGCUGAGAACGAGGACGUGGUUCAGGAUGAGGAAAUUAGCGUGUGUUGUUUUCACCGGACCGCAUCCCAACUCUCUUGCUAAGAGGAAAUGAGGCCGAGGCUCCCGUCUGGCGUCACAGGAAACGUUAAUAAACACUUAAGCUUUUUGUACAGUUUCAGUUUUUCUUGUCAAAGUGUCACACGCCCUAAAAACACAAGUGUGUGUCGAAAUGUGGUUCAUCCACCCUCCCUCCUUUUCACCCCUUUUCACCCCUUUCUUCUACUGAUGAAACAUGCGUGCGUGAGUGUGUGUGUGUGUGUGUGUGUGUGUGUGUGUGUGUGUGUGUGUGUGUGUGCGUGAGUGUGUGUGUGCGUGUGUGUUCCACUGACAGGAAGGAAGUCUUGCUGGAUGAUGAUCACAUGUCCCAGUUGGGAGAUGGCAGUGAGAGGAAAUGGAGCCUGGGGGGCACGUUUCAUUCUUUUUAUUGUCUUGCAGCACAUUCUAAACAUAUCAUUUAACAAGAAAACCCAGCAAAAAUGGAAAAAUCUGCAGUAAUUUUACAAGAAUAAAGACUAAAUAAUCAGUAGAAAAAAAUAAGUAUUAAAGAUUUUUUUUUAAGUGGUCAUCCAUCCAUCCAUUUUCUAUACCACUUAUCCUUUUAAACAGUAAUAUUAGUUGUAAUAUUAUGGGAAUAAAGUCCAAUUCAAACAAGAAAAAAGAGGAAAUUUUACGAGAAUAAACUGGUAAUAAUUUGAGGAAAAUAAUGUCAUUUUAGUAGCAUAGACUUGAAAUAUUCAAAAAAUAUGAUUUUUUAAAAUAUUUUAGAGAGGGGGGGACAGUAAUUUUACCAGAAAGAGUGGUAUUCUAAGAAGAAAAAGAUAGUGGUCAUAUUUUAGGAGAUCAGCUGGUAAUAUUGGAGAGAUAAAGUGGUAAUAUUUUAAAGAUACAGUGGUAAUAUUUUAAAGAUAAAGUGGUAAUAUUUUAGGAGAUCAACUGGUAUUAUUGGAGAGAUAAAGUGGUAAUAUUUUAAAGAUAAAGUGGUAAUAUAUUAGGAGAUAAAGUGGUAAUAUUUUAAAGAUAAAGUGGUAAUAUUUUAGGAGAUAAAGUGGUAAUAUUGUAGGAGAUAAAGUGGUAAUAUUUUAAAGAUAAAGUGGUAAUAUUUUAAAGAUAAAGUGGUAAUAUUUUAGGAGAUAAAGUGGUAAUAUUGUAGGAGAUAAAGUGGUAAUAUUUUAAAGAUAAAGUGGUAAUAUUUUAAAGAUAAAGUGGUAAUAUUUUAGGAGAUAAAGUGGUAAUAUUGUAGGAGAUAAAGUGGUAAUAUUUUAAAGAUAAAGUGGUAAUAUUGGAGAGAUAAAGUGGUAAUAUUUUAGGAGAUAAAGUGGUAAUAUUUUAAAGAUAAAGUGGUAAUAUUUUAGGAGAUAAAGUGGUAAUAUUUGAGAGAAAUGUUAGAGAUAAUUUUGGAGUGUAGCUGGCAGUGUUGGCGUUUGGGUUCCAGCCUAGCAACCGGGAGCGGGAGGCAUGGUAACAGCAUCCGGCGACUGAGUAAUUAGAGCUUCUGUGUCGGUGCGAACCCCUCAGUCGCCAGGACGUGCCGUAACCCACCACCCCCCCAUUGCACUGUCAGAGCAUGUGACAGGAGAGGGAAGUGUGUCUUUCAGCUCAAGGUCACUGCCGAGCAACCGCCUCACAUGCGGGCGUGGGGGGGAUAUGUUUAUACCGUGACUUUGUUUUACUUCAACCGUGGGAGGGCAUGGACCUGCGAGCUGGACAUGUGACCAGCUUCCUGUCACCAAGUGUUGAUGAGGGAGAGGGAAGAGGGAGAGAGAGAGAGCGCGGAGGCGCACGUUAAUUAGAAUUUGAAGGACGCCGCCAGCAUCGUCAAGCCUUGUUGAAGAUUGAGAAGAGGAGGUUGACAAAGUGAACAGUGCUCCAGCGGCACUCAGCAGGUGACGUCCUUCGCCACUUUUAUUUGGAGGAGGAAGGGAAGGGGGCUUUUCUUUUAUUUAUGGCGAAGAAGCGACCAACAGCAUCUGAGGACGCCAAAGACUGGUGAACACGCAUGGCGCCACCCAGGCGGGAAGAGAUUGGGGAUCCUACGGGACACGCUGCCGCGGGGAGUCCCGUCACAAGUUCGGGGAUGAUUCCAGCGGAGGCAGAGGAGGGAGAGAGCACGAUAAGCCGCCGCCCCCUCAGCCCUUUCACCACUCUGAGCCCCGCCCCCCUGUGAGCAUGCAGGUGCUGCAGAUGGUCAAGGAGCUGGUGUCGCCGUCCAGAUGCAGGGUGGGCGCCAGGUUCGGAGCGUCAGAUAGCGAGCAGGAUUCCGCAGUGAAACUGGAUCAGGAGCGGGCGGACAUCGUCGCCAAAUAUGACAAGGGAAAAGAGGCCACCGUGGAACCCUGGGAGGACACCAACUUCCACCUGUACAAGCUCAUCGACCGCUUCGGCUUCCUGCAUGACAAUGAGCUGCCGUCCUACGACUCGCUGGAGGAAAAGCACAAAAACACGGAGCUGGAGAGGACCACCAAGUGGCUGAAGAUGUUGAAGAGUUGGGACAAGUACAAGAACAGCGACAAGCUCGCUCGCAGGAUCUAUAAGGGGAUUCCACUGCAGCUCCGAGGGGAGGUGUGGUGCCUCCUGCUGGAUAUUCCCAAAAUGAAAGAGGAGAAGAAGGACUUCUAUGAGAAGCUGAAGGCCAGAGCGAGGGGUCUGUCUCCCGACGUUCGGCAGAUCGACCUGGACGUGAACCGCACCUACAGGGAUCACAUCAUGUUCCGGGACCGCUACGACGUCAAGCAGCAGGCGCUCUUCCACGUUCUCACGGCCUACUCUGUCUAUAACGUGGAGGUGGGCUACUGCCAGGGGAUGAGUCAGAUCACAGCGCUGCUGCUCAUCUACAUGAACGAGGAAGACGCCUUCUGGGCUCUGGUCAAGCUGCUGUCGGGACACAAGCACGCCAUGCACGGAUUCUUUGUUCCCGGCUUCCCCAAACUCCUGCGCUUCCAGGAACACCACGACCGCAUCGUCAAGAAGAUGAUGCCCAAACUCAAGCAUCACCUGGACAGCCAGGAGGUGCUGACCAGUCUGUACACCAUGAAGUGGUUCUUCCAGUGCUUCCUGGACAGAACUCCCUUCACCCUGACUCUCAGGAUCUGGGACAUCUACAUCCUGGAGGGCGAAAGGCUUCUUCCCGCCAUGUCCUACACUGUCCUCAAGCUGCACAGGAAGCGCCUGAUGAAGAUGGCCAUGGAGGAGCUGGUGGAGUUCCUUCAGGUGUCUCUGUCCAAAGAUUUCCUCUUGGAGGACGACCUGGUGAUCGAGCAUCUCCAGGCCUCGAUGGCGGAGCUCCGCAGGGUCAAGCUGGAGCUGCCGGCGCCAGGUAAAGACGAGGAGUUCCCCAAGAAGCCCUUAGGGCAGCUUCCAGAGCUGGAGACGGCAGCCGUGAACCAUGUGGGCAACGGGCAGAGCCACGCCGAGCCCGCCGAGCCUCCGAAGCAGCCCAGUCCGGUACCCGACCGCCAGGAUAGCCGUCCCCCCAGUCGGUUACGGCGGGACUCGCUGGACAAGCCGAUAUGCCACCGCAAGGUCGACAUGAGGGAUGGUGGACGAGAGGCGGCCUCAAGGGAGCAGCAGAAGCGAUCGGCUUCAACCACGCCCGAAAAGGGGCCGUCGCCGCCCUCGGCCCCAACCCCCGUCCCGCUGUUGAAGACUCAGAGUCACGUCAUCGCCAACCACAACACCGGUUCUCACAGAGACAUCACUCCCCGCUGGUUCAAGCCCUCCGAGACCAAACUAGAAGCCGCCAAGGCGAUGGCAGCCAGAGAGGUCCAGCUGACCCGGGGGGUGUCUCCGGCCCCCUUCAGUCACGACGACGCACAGCAGCUCAACCGCUGGCCACAUUCCAAGGGCUUUGUUCCGGGUGCCAACCGCGGGUCCAACGCCUCGCAGUAUGACAACGUUCCAGGGCUGCUGGAGCAGGAAUUUGAGAUCUUGGAGCUGGAGAGACCUCCAUCCAGGAUGAGGACUCCUCGCAGCGAGACCCCCUAUGGCGUACCAUCCUUCCACCAGGGUGCUCUUGUUUAUGGAUCCAGUCUUGGUGGGAGCGUCAUCUCAGGAGGGUCCAGGAUGCCCUUGCACCCCCCUCCACCUUCAUUUGACCACCAUAACCCUGCAGGGGCCGACACUGACUUCCCUGGAAACCAAAACCACUACCACUCCCCUGGCAGGACCACUACUGAGGUCCCCAUCUUUCAUCCAGGCUACAGACACUAUGCGCCGCCCUCUCAACGGAUGGAGGAUCAAACAUAUGCCACCACAAGGCGGCCCCACAGUAACAACUUCCACGAUACGGCUCUUGUGAACACUUUUGCAACCUACCGCAGGCAGCCGCCACCCAGCACCACCCACAACCCUCGAAGACCACCUUUGCAGCUGGAGCUCCAGGGGCGCACCACCCCCAUCUACCUUCAGAAGCUCACCUCCACCACACGGGUCCACGCCUCUGUGGACUACAACUUUGAGGGACAAACAAGAGGCGAACCAAACCCCCCGUAUCAUCCAGAGGGCGGACCCCAAUGGGCCACGGAGGUGGAGCAGCCCCCUCAAUCCCCGGGCGGUGUGCCUCGCUCGCCCAGCUUCCAGAAAGCCCAAAUGUCUCCCGUGGAGGUGUUCACGUUCCCCGACACCGACGGGCUGCAGCACUACGGGACGACGUUGCGGGAGCGGCACCCCGUCGUACGGCAGCAGCUCCCCCAGCUGUUUAGAGGAGCGCACUACCGGCAUGCGCAGGAGGCGUUCGCCAUGCAGGACUCCAUGCUGCUGUGACGGCAGGACAGUCGCUGACGUCGUGCGUUCUUCUACUGACUUCCAGCCUCACAAAGAAGAAUUAUUCAUUCAAAGAUGGAAAAAAAGGCUGAAUGAAUAUUUGGAUGUAAAUGAUCAACAAAGAGUGUAAAGAAAUAUCUUUUAUGUUUUUCAUCAUAGUAGCGGAGCGAACGUUCCCUCCAGAGGAAAAGGAAGCGUCUUUAUAUUUCUAGAUGUUAGUGGUCGAUGUUGACGCUAGCGAGCUAGCUUAACUCCACACGCUUGGGAAUAAAAGAAUAACACGCUUACCUUUAGCAUUUACCUUUCAUUUAUAGCACACCUUCGCUGAGGUUUUGCCCUCGAUGAAGUGCAAUGUUGGGCUUUUUUUUUUUUUUUUUUUUUUU